GUGCGAGUAGUAAACGCCCUAAGAAUGAUUCGUGGAUCGUUAAAGCCCCAGUGCCCGGUGGCCCCGUUGAUGGGAGUGUUAUACCUAGCUUUCUAGGGCACGUAGCUUCCCGUAUAUGGAUUGGACAGUCCAGAGGCAUGUUGAAAUGCCAAAACAGGAUGGGAGCGCACAAGGAAUUGAGGGAGUGGCUCCGAGAGAUGGCUCAGGCUCCGCGCGAUCUGAUCCUUCAGACUGGGCUGUCACAUUUGGCGUCUAGCAUGCAUACUCACGUCGACACUCCACUUAUUUCUGCAUUUGUGGAGCGCUGGCAGCCGGAUACCAACUCGUUUCACCUGCCUUUUGGUGAAAUGAGUAUCAUGCUGCACGACGUGAGAGCUAUAUUGGGGGUUUCUUUGGAUGGAGCUGUAGUCACAGGGGACCCCGACAGCCUGACAUCCCAGGCGCACUGCAUGGAGAUCCUGGGGGUGGACCAGGGUAAUCUGAUGGCGAAUCUUUGGGAUCACGGCUCGGUGACAAAUGCCGCCAUUUUUGAGGCGUUGAGGAAGAAUGGCGCAGGUCGGUCGGCUGAGCAUGUGGCGAUUGGCUGGUUGUGGAUACUGCUCGCUACCACCUUGUUUACAGACAAGAGUGGUAACCGAGUCAGUCCCAAACUCCUGCACGAGAUGAUCGACGACGUGCAGGGAGUUGAGACUUACUCCUGGGGCUCGGCUGCACUGGCAUACCUAUUCAGACAGUUAGGUAUUGCCAGUAGGGGGGACGCGCAGGGACUUUCGGGCUGCUUGACACUCAUGCAGUCUUGGAUAUACGAGUACUUCCCCACGUUCCGACCCCAAAAAGCGCGUAUGACCUCUGAGCCUAACUGUGUCGCCCGAUCAGACUUGUGGAGCACCCCCGUCCCCGAGAGGUCAGAUAAGCGCCUCAAGGAUUUCCGUAGGCAGCUUGAUAGGCUCACCGCCGCCCAGGUAAACUGGCUGCCAUACGACCGCAAGCCACAUGAGCUGGAGCCUAGGACCCUUUAUUCCGGAUGUCUUAGGUACCGGGAUAUUGUGGAGCCGUACAUGCCUUUGCGUUGCUUGCGUCAGUUGGGCUACGUCCAGAUUAUCCCUCCUUGCAUGGAUCGUCCGACCAAUGCAUGUCGUGCCUGGGAGUCCAGGAUGUAUAGGGUUGAGCAUGCUGUUACAACUGCAGUAGAUCACUGGGACCAGUUCCCGCGGCUGCAUUCUAUACACUUGUCUGAUUUUACUCCCACCACCGUAGAUGAUCUAGGGAAAGCCCAUGAGGAGUACCGGCGAUGGUAUGAUCGAGUUUCUCAUCCUAUACUCUUGCCUGACAGUCAACCGGACAACGACGCUGUUCCUGCGCGCGCCAACACCGAUUAU